UUAAACAGCGCCCUCUAAUUCGAGAGAGGUUUUUUUUGGCAGGAACUUUAAACAAUGUCAAACAUGGCCGCAGCAAGUGGAAUGGUCUACUUCUUCUUGCCCUACACAGCAAUUUCUCUCCUCAUUUAUUAUGUAGCUUUACGUCGUAAGAGAUCAUCAGACACGAAGGCUGGGAAAUCGAGAGAAGUGUUGGUAGUUACUGCCCACCCAGACGACGAGUGCAUGUUUUUCGCACCGACGAUAUUACAGCUUGUGCAGGAAGCCAAUACGAAACUGAACCUUCUGUGUCUUUCUACAGGUAAUUACUACAAUCAUGGUGAAGUAAGAACUAAGGAACUGAUAGCCAGCUGUUUUACGCUUGGUCUACAAGAUGCAGAGAACAUCAAUGUGUUAAAUGAUGAAAGAUUAAAAGAUGGCCAAGAGGAAGAAUGGGAUACAGAUGUAAUUGGUCAUCAUGUUUUACAAUCUGUGAAGAAACACAACAUUAACAUGAUUGUGACAUUUGAUGCCUCUGGUGUGAGUGGCCAUAAGAAUCAUAUAGCAUGUUAUACAGCAGUAAGGAACAUGGUGGAAUCUGGCAAACUAAAAAAAGGUACUAAGCUAUACUUCCUUCAGAGUGUUUCCAUCUGGAGAAAGUAUUUAAUCUUUUUGGACAUUCCCUUCAGUAUUCUACUGAGUAGACACAUGUUUCUGACUCCUCCAUGGAAUAUGUGGAAAUCACAGCGAGCAAUGUUUGCUCAUGCCAGUCAGUUAACAUGGUAUCGGCUGCUCUACAUCAUCUUCUCAAGAUACAUGACAGUCAAUGGAUACCAUAAGAAGAGUGUACAUUGAUGGCAGAUCAGGACUUUCAUACAAAACUCUAUAUAAAUUAUUUAUCACAAUUUUAUUCACUCUGUCUAAAUAUGAACUGAAUUCAACAUAAAAGUCACGAAGGUCAGUGUAUGCAGCUUGUAACUAAAAGCCAAUUGGAGUCCAUAGUGGCCACAAGCAGCCUGUAACAAAACGCCAAUUGGAGUCCAUAGUGGCCACAAGCAGCUUGAAACAAAAAAGCCAAUUGGAGUCCAUAGUGGCUACAAGCAGCUUGAAAAAAAAGCCAAUUGGAGUCCAUAGUGGCUACAAGCAGCUUGAAAAAAAAGCCAAUUGGAGUCCAUAGUGGCAACAAGCAGCCUGUAACAAAAAAGCCAAUUGGAGUCCAUAGUAGCCACAAGCAGCCUGAAACAAAAAAGCCAAUUGGAGUCCAUAGUGGCUACAAGCAGCUUGAAAAAAAAGCCAAUUGGAGUCCAUAGUGGCAACAAGCAGCCUGUAACAAAAAGCCAAUUGGAGUCCAUAGUGUUAACAAGCAGCUUGAAACAAAAAGCCAAUUGGAGUCCAUAGUGGCCAGAAGCAGCUUGAAACAAAACGCCAAUUGGAGUCCAUAGUGCCCAUAUAAAUAGCUUCAAAAAAAAAAAUGAAACAAGUAGCUUGAAAAAACAAAAAAACAAUUGGAGUCCAUAGUCAAUGAGAUAUCUGCUCUAGCAAUGCAAGGCAAAAUUGAUUUUCCUGUGGAUUUUGUUCGUACAGAACUCAGUAUGUGUAUGUCUUCAAUCCCAUGCGAAAUACACCACACACAAAGCACUUGUUUGUUUUUCUGUGGCUUUAGUGACCCUUUCGGAGUUUAUGUUUGAGGGCAGCCAAAAUAAGUUUGACACGCAAAUUAAGCAAUUGAUCAUGGACUGUAGGACCAUGUGUUGGUGUGUUGGCAUACUACGCCCACAGGUUUUAAUGUACAUUGUACAUAGGUGUAAGGGUAAAAUCAAGUUACAACAUGUUUGUAUAAUGUACAAGACUUGGAUUACACAGUUGUUCCUUGCUAAGUGCAUGAGGACGGUCAUUGACACUGCCUAAACAAAUCCAUUGUAUUAGGUUUUAUUAUUUUAAAAAAGUGUAAAUGAAAUUCACCAAUUCUUAACACUAGAGAACAGUUGUAAAAAAAGAAAAUUAUUUUGCAUUGCCAACUGCCUCAGUAAUUUAAUGAUUUACGUUUUGUUCUGUUGUAAAUAAGAGUUUCUUACUUAUUUUAAUUAUUCCUAGAGUCACCAUUGAACAUGUUUUCUGUAUAGGCAUGACGUUCAAUAGCAGUGACGACACAGGUGGCGGUUAAUAAAUAAAUAUGGCCAUACAAUUUAGUUAAUACUUAUUUUAAUUAUUCCUAGAGUCACCAUUGAACAUGUUUUCUGUAUAGGCAUGACGUUCAAUAGCAGUGACGACACAGGUGGCGGUUAAUAAAUGAAUAUGGCCAUACAAUCUAGUUAAUACUUAUUUUAAUUAUUCCUGGAGUCACCAUUGAACAUGUUUUCUGUAUAGGCAUGACGAUCAAUAGCAGCGACGACACAGGUGGCGGUUAAUAAAUGAAUAUGGCCAUACAAUUUAGUUAAUACUUAUUUUAAUUAUUCCUAGAGUCACCAAUGAACAUGUUUUCUGUAUAGGCAUGACGUUCAAUAGCAGUGACGACACAGGUGGCGGUUAACAUGGUUAAUAAAUGAAUAUGGCCAUACAAUUUAGUUAAUACUUAUUUUAAUUAUUCCUAGAGUCACCAUUGAACAUGUUUUCUGUAUAGGCAUGACGUUCAAUAGCAGUGACGACACAGGUGGCGGUUAAUAAAUGAAUAUGACCAUACAAUCUAGUUAAUACUUAUUUUAAUUAUUCCUAGAGUCACCAUUGAACAUGUUUUCUGUAUAGGCAUGACAUUCAAAAGCAGUUACGACACAGGUGGCGGUUAAUAAAUAAAUAUGGCCAUACAAUUCAGUUAAUACUUAUUUUAAUUAUUCCUAGAGUCACCAUUGAACAUGUUUUCUGUAUAGGCAUGACGUUCAAUAGCAGUGACGACACAGGUGGCGGUUAAUAAAUGAAUAUGGCCAUACAAUCUAGUUAAUACUUAUUUUAAUUAUUCCUAGAGUCACCAUUGAACAUGUUUUCUGUAUAGGCAUGACGUUCAAUAGCAGUGACGACACAGGUGGCGGUUAAUAAAUGAAUAUGGCCAUACAAUUUAGUUAAUACUUAUUUUAAUUAUUCCUAGAGUCACCAUUGAACAUGUUUUCUGUAUAGGCAUGACGUUCAAUAGCAGUGACGACACAGGUGGCGGUUAAUAAAUAAAUAUGGCCAUACAAUUUAGUUAAUACUUAUUUUAAUUAUUCCUAGAGUCACCAUUGAACAUGUUUUCUGUAUAGGCAUGGCAUUUAGUCCUAAGAACAAUUUCAUUGAGUACACAGGCUGACCUACAUUACAUGAACACAUGGUAUAUAUAGGCAUUUACAGACUUUUCUGGCUAUUUAAUAACAAUUUUGCUGAUUCUUCUGAUGGUUAAAACACAGAAAUCCGAUUAAAAUAUGAAAAAUAUCA